UAAAUAAAUAAUGAGCUUAUAAUAAUAUUUAGUUGUUAAUCAAUCUAAAAAGUAAUUGUUUUAACAAAUUUUAUAAAAAUCACAAAGCAAUGUCGACUAAUAACUUAGGUGUGUUUAGUGAAGAAAUCAAUGAACAGUUAACAACGACUUCUACCGAACCAACACAAAUAGUACAAAAUGGUAAUUUUACUCUGGGAAAAACACAUUUGAUAAAUAAUAGGUCAUCCAUAAUAAGGCCUAUUCUUUCUGACUCAACAAGUGACACCUCAACUACAGCAGCUGCCCAUUUACAUAAUAUAAGUGAUGACGAUGAAAUAACACGUUUACGUAAUAGUCAAUUUAUUUGGACCAGUCCAAUGGUUUACGCAUUAAUUGAAGAAUAUAGAAAAUUAAUAGUACAAUUCCGUGAUCCAAAAGCACGCCAAAAAGAUCUAUGGAUAAAAGUGGCUGAUGGUAUGCAAAUGAAAGGCUAUCAUGUCGAUUACCAAAUGUGCGAUCGUAAAUGGCGUAAUUUAAAGCAAACAUUUAAAAGUAUAUAUUAUGAUAAACGAAAAAAACGACAACGAACAUGGGAAUUCUAUGAGAUAUUACAGAUAAUAUUCACGCCAGAUCCGCGUGGACGAAUUUUACGUAAAUCGCGUAUGGUAUUACCGAUACCAAGUGAUGAUGAAAUGGAAGAAGAUCCUUUAAAUUCUGCCACACGUUUACCCCAACCAAAAAAGAAACGCUUACGCCCUGACGACGUACCAUACGCUGAUAAUUUACCAUUGUAUAUAGAAGAAAGUUAUCCAAAGCCGAUUGAUACAAUACACGAUACCUCAUUCUCAUGGUACGAUACCAGUCAAGAUACAUCCGAAAAGGAUGACGAAGAUUCCGAAAACGUUGAAGAAAUCAAAGCCGAAGAAUUUAUAUUCGAAGAAACCGAAGUCGAAUAUAAAGAAGUUGAAGGUCCGGCAUGGUUUCGUACAGCCAUGGAAAAUUUACGGGCUGAUCAAAGAGCACGUGUUUUGGAGGCACGUCGAAUGCAUCGGGAAUUAUUAGAAGCGGAAAAACGUAAAUGUGAUUUGUUGGAAGCUCUCUUGAAGGUUUUACAACCACCUCAGGGUUAAUUGUUGUUUGUUUUUUGUAUCAUUUUUGUACCAAUGUCUCUCUGUUUUCCCUCACUUUAAAUAAUUUGUUGUAAUAUUUUCUUCCCCCCAAAACAAAAUGUAAUUUUA